UUGAUAUCGUGCACACAUGUACAGGAAAUGACGAUAUUUGAGCGAACAGACGAGAGCAUCACCAUAGGUGCCGCUCUGACACUGACCGAUAUUGAGGAGCGUUUGAAAGCAUGUGCCUUGUCCCCUGGAGGUCAAAGUGUACGCGGUCAUGUCAUUAGUGCUAUGCAGGAGAGUCUUCGAUGGCUAGCCUGUCAACAGAUUAGGAACCAAGCGACUCUCGGAGGUCACGUGAUGACAGCCGAUCCUCGAUCUGAUCUCUGUGUCGUUUUAAUGGCAGCAGGAGCGAUAGCUAAAAUUGCUUCUAAAGACGGACUAAUGGAGAUAGCACUGGACAAUCAGUUCUUUAUCAACAAUGGGAACACAUCACUUCGCCAGACUGAUAUUUUGGUUUCUGUUAAGCUACCGAUAAAUUCUGUGAACACAUGCAUUACAUACUAUAAACAGCCUGAUAGCGGCUACGCUCACCUAAGUGGUUGUUUUUAUGUCAAACUGAGUGAAACUGGUUCCAUUGAUGACCUCAUUAUCUGUUUGGGAAGCGUAUUCAACACUACAAGGAAACUUAUCAGUGCCCCUCUACUGGCAAAAGGAAGGUAUCCAGAUGACGGCACACUAGCGUUGGUAUGUGACGAGAUAGAACGGGAAGUUGUUCUGGAAUCCAACGGUACUAUCAGCGAGUACAGAAAGAAACUAGCAUGUGCUUUUAUGGUGAAAUACUGGGAAGAAAUGAAAGAUACGCUUAAACCUCGCCAGAGCGAAGUAGAGGAUACCAAUGACCUCCAAUGGACGACUUGCGAAGGUCAGCAGGUGUACCAGGCGCCAUCUCCUGGACAACCAGCGCAUGACAGUGUUGGACGUCCUGUCCCUAUUGUUGCUAGCCCGGCGCUGGUGACCGGAGAGGCCAUGUUCCUGGACGAUAUGCCAAGAUUUGAAAAUGAACUUUACGUGCAAACAGUUUUGAGUACAAGGGCUCAUGCGCGGUUAACAUGUGUUGACAAAAGUGUCGCUAUGAAUACGCCUGGGGUUUUAGACUUCUUGGAUGCAUCAUCAGUACCCGGCGAGAACCUGUGGGGACUUUUCGUACAGGAUGAGCCUGUAUUUGCUGAAAAUGAGGUGUUCUGUGUCGGACAAAUCAUUUGUACGAUUGUAGCAUCAUCGGAGGAGUCCGCAAAAACAGCAGCCAACCUUGUUCGUGUCACGUAUGAGGACCUACCUAGCGUUAUAACAAUAGAGGAAGCUAUAUCAGCCGGCUCCUACUUCGAGUACACCUCACACCCGAUAGAAUGUGGAGACCCAGAGAAACAAUACCCACACUGUGACUUGUGAUAGAGGGCCAGAUACAAUCAGGAC